UCCCCUCCCCGUCCCCGUCCCCGUGGCGGUCCGGGCCCUGGUCCCCGCCAUGGCGCUGCGGCGGGUGCUGGGGCUGGGGGCGGCCCUGGGGCGCCGGAGCUGCUGCUCCGAGCCCCCGCUGCCCCCCGACUUCGUGGCGUCCCUGCGGGCCGUGGUGGGGGCCCCCAACGUCUCCACGGCCGUGGCGGUGCGGGAGCAGCACGGGCACGACGAGUCCAUGCACGCCUGUGCCCCCCCGGACGCCGUGGUGUGGCCCCAGUCGGUGGGGCAGGUGCAGGAGCUGGCUGCGCUCUGCUACCGCUGCCGCGUCCCCAUGGUGCCCUUUGGCACUGGCACCGGCCUCGAGGGCGGCGUCAACGCCGUGCAGGGCGGCGUCUGCUUCGACCUGAGCCGCAUGGACGCCAUCGCAGAGCUGAGCCUUGAGGACUUCUCGGUGGCGGUGGAGCCCGGCGUCACCCGCAAGGCCCUCAACAGCCACCUGCGUGGCACGGGGCUCUGGUUCCCCGUCGACCCCGGGGCGGAUGCCUCGCUGUGUGGCAUGGCGGCCACGGGUGCCUCAGGCACGAACGCGGUGCGGUACGGCACCAUGCGGCCCAACGUGCUCAACCUGCGUGUGGUGCUGCCCGACGGCCGCCUGCUCUACACCGCUGGCCCCGGCCGCCAGCCCAGGAAGAGGGCGGCCGGCUACGACCUGACCUCGCUCUUCGUGGGCUCCGAGGGCACCCUGGGCUUCCUGACGCAGGCCACGCUGCGCCUGCACCCCCUGCCCGAGGCGGCCGCCGUCACCACCGCCGCCUUCCCCAGCGUGCGGGCGGCUGUGGCUUGCACCGUCCAGGUGCUGCAAGCCGCCGUGCCCGUGGCCCGCAUUGAGUUCCUGGACGAGGUGAUGGUGGGUGCCUGCAGCCGCUUCAGCAAGAUGGAGCUGCCGGUGGCGGCCACGCUCCUCCUGGAGCUCCACGGCUCCCGGCACGGCCUGGCUGAGCAGCAGCGGCAAACGGAGGAGAUCGUGCAGCUGAACGGCGGCUCCGGCUUGGCCUGGGCGGAGGAGCCGGAGGAGCGCGGGCGGCUCUGGGCCAUGCGCCACAGCGCCUGGUAUGCCGCCCUGGCCCUGCGGCCCGGCUGCCAGGGCUACUCCACGGACGUCUGCGUGCCCAUCUCCCGCCUGCCCGACGUGGUGGUGGAGACCAAGCGGGACCUGCAGGACUCCGGCCUCACCGGCCCCAUGGUGGGACACAUCGGUGACGGCAACUUCCACUGCCUCCUCAUCUUCGACACCCAGGACCCCGAUGAGACCCAGCGCGUCCACGCCUUCGCCCAGCGCCUGGGCAGGCGGGCGCUGGCAGCGGGGGGCACCUGCACCGGGGAGCACGGCGUGGGGCUGGGCAAGCGGGGGCUGCUGCUGGAGGAGCUGGGCCAGGAGGGGCUGGACACCCUGCGCAGCAUCAAGGCAGCGCUGGACCCCCACAACCUCAUGAACCCCGGCAAGGUGCUCUGAGGGGACCCCGUCCCCCCGCAGCCAGGGCCGGGGUGGCACCGCUGACCCCCCGUCCCCGUCCCGUCCCCACCCCUGUGGGUCAGGGUUCCCCAACCCCUCAAUAAACCCCUUUGCACCCGCA